CAUUUAGUUUAUCUGCGUUUCUCAAGCCGUUAAUAUGUUGAAUCGCGUGUAGCACGUCAAAUUAGCCGCUACUUGAGCACAUUCUCAUCAUCUGCACCAUAAUAAACUAAAAUCUUUUGUCUGGUGGGCAUAGCGAACUGUUGUACAUGUGUGAUGUGUUCAAUAUAACGUAUUUUAUUUGCAUUGUAACGGAUCUGAUUAUUUGGAAUAGAUUUGGGUAGUGCGGUUGCUUCUGAAGACGUGUAUUAAAACGUGAUUUCUUUAUUGCGCAAUUCAGGGAACUGCAUCCUUUGUUCGAUUUAUUUGCUGAGUUACUGAUUUGUGGAAAUGCAUCAAGAACGCGGCUGAUUAGUGUUUUUAAAUUAUAUGAUGAAGUUCAAGUUUGUUGCUGUAUUGUGAUAGUAUAUGUAUAUUAGAUUGAUACAUUGUUAUCGUCAGCAACAUAGGUGUUUAAACAGAUAGGAAUGUGGAAUUGUUUGUGGCGUGCGGAUAUACUGCACCAUAAUAUAUCUGUCUAUUAGUAACUCCAAUUGUGCUGUUGUCCUACUGAAAAUACCUCAGGCUGAGAUGCGAAACAAAUUAAAAAAAUGUUCUGCUGUCCACCGACAAACUGUUUAUUCGUGCAAAUCAUUGAAGAAGAGUUAAAGCAGAAACGACCAAACUAAACCUGUCUUUUAACCUAAUUGUGAGAAUUUUUUAUCUGCGAUGUUCAAUAAAAGGAAAAAAGUAUAGAGAAGUGUUGGGGAUAAGCCGAAACCAAGAUGUCUUUGAAAGUAAAGAUCUCGUGUGUAGUUUGACGCUGAGGUGGUUUUUGUUAAUUAUGAAGAAUUUUGUCUUCAAGGAGGGAUCAUGCAAGCCAAAGCUACGACGGAUAGUUCGUGCUACGAGUUACGUUGAUAACGAUGUCACGUCGACGCCAAUGACAUCGAGGCGCAAAACCAUGUCCACCGGAGGAAAUGUACGUUGGAGGAAUGAUCCAGAAGCAAUGGCAGGAGGUUCAUUUGCUGGUGCUGAUUUUGAAUACAUGCAGGUCGGACCGUCGCCCCCAGCUGAAAGAGCACCGAAUUUGUAUGAUAGCUUCGAGGAGCCCAGCACAGAUACAACAACAUUUAUUUGCAAUGAAUCUAUACGAAAUGCGCUUAUGGAACAAUUGCGAACCUCUUCCGGUCGUAUUAUCUUAUUGGAAGACAUCGAAUCUCGCAUAACUAAUGCCAGCAAUGUUAGCGAAGUAUAUGGUGGAUCAUCUAAUGUAGAGAAAAACAUUAGUUUUCUUUGGGCUGCAUAUCUAAACCGCGCGGAACUCUUAGAUGGGCUGAUCGACAGUGGUGCAGAACUUAUGUAUUACGAUAGCAAUGGAUUAACGGCUUUACAUCUAAGUGCAUUUAGUGGUUGUGUAAGUUGUGUAAACUUUCUUCUCCAGAAAGGUGUAGAAGUAAACGUGCAGCCAAAAUGCUUUACUCCAUUGCAUUGUGCAGCCCUUGGAAAUUCUGUUGAAACCGCUAAAAUUUUAAUCAACAAUGGUGCUAACAUAAACAUUCCUACAAAUAAACAAAACUGUGAGGAGUCUUUGUUACAUUGUGCUGUACGUUCAAACGCUUUAGAAUGUGUAAAACUAUUUAUCGCAGAAGGUAUGGAUGUGAAUAUGUCUGAUAAAAAUGGUAGUAAUUCAAUUCAUCUGGCGGCUGACCUUGGUCACACUCAGUGUUUGCAAGUGCUACUGAAUUGUCCGCAAGCUGACCCCAACAUAAGAAUGCAGCUUCGGGAUAAAGAAACAACUGCACUUCAUUUGGCUGCAGACGAGGGUAAUUUAGAAUGUGUUACUUUGCUCUUAUCGAAAGGUGCUGAUGUAAAGGCGAAAAAUCACCGAGGGUUUACACCAUUACACUUGGCUGCGCGGGCCGCUAGUGUAGAGUGCGUGGAAGUUUUAUUGAGAAUAGGUAAUGCUGAUGCCAAUGCUCAAGAUGCCGACGAUCGAACUCCUCUCCAUGCUAGUAUUAGUAAAUCAGACUCAGCCUUUGAUAUAUUAGAAAUUUUGAUUUGCUGGGGUGCUAAUUUAAACCAUCAAGAUGUGUAUGGUUUUACCGCGCUACAUUUGGCAGCAUUGGAUGGGUUGGCGCACUGUGUUGAAAUGUUGUUGUUUCAUGGUGCGGACGUUACCACUAAGACUAAGAAAGGAACAUCCGCGUUGAAUGUUAUUAUGAGAAAAACACCCGCCUCACUGGCAAUGAUUAAUCUUAGGUUAGACACUGCAAUUACUCUGACACAUUCACAAGAUUCCUCGAAUCGCGAGGUCGAACUUGAAUUGGAUUUCAGGAGUAUUCUUCAACAUUGUCAUCCUCGUGAAAUAAGUUACCUGAAUACUUUCGUAGAUGAAGGGCAAAAGGAAAUUCUCCAGCAUCCGCUUUGUUCUGCUUUCCUAUAUAUCAAAUGGGGGAAAAUCAGAAAGUAUUAUAUAGCACGUCUGUUGUUUUGUUUUACGUUUGUACUUUUUUUAACGUUGUAUGUUUUGACUGCAUUAGCGCAUAACUGUUAUAACGGAAGUAAAGAUAUGAAGGAAACAAUUCAGGAACAGGAAUUGUGUCAAAAACAGUCUAUUUUAGGUGAUAUGCUAAGAAAUAACCCAUUUGUGAUGGAAAUGCAAUGGAUGGUUCUCGUCGCCAUUACAAUAGUCGAGAUAUGCCGCAAAAUAUAUGGAAUGACCGGAUAUACAUCAUUGCGUCGAUAUGUCACACAAGCUGAAAACGCUAUUGAAUGGUUUAUCAUUGUAAGCGUUUUUGUGAUCUCCUAUAUUUAUACGAAACGUACAUAUACGUGGCAGAAUCAUGUAGGAGCAUUCGCUGUUUUACUUGGUUGGACCAAUCUGAUGCUAAUGAUAGGCCAGUUGCCAGUAUUUGGAGCAUAUGUUGCAAUGUAUCGAAAAGUACAAGUGGAAUUCGCGAAGCUGUUUAUGGCAUAUUCAUGCAUGCUUAUUGGUUUUACGAUUAGUUUUUGUGUAAUUUUUCCGUCCUCAUCGUCGUUUGCUAAUCCAUUCAUGGGUUUUAUUACUGUGUUAGUAAUGAUGACAGGUGAACAAGAUUUAGAGCUACUGAUAAAUGAUCCUGAUGGCAAAGAUCCUCCAUUUUUGCUUGAAAUAAGUGCACAGAUAACUUUUGUAUUAUUUCUUUUGUUUGUCACUGUAAUUCUAAUGAAUCUUUUAAUUGGGAUCGCUGUACAUGAUAUUCAAGGAUUGAAGAAGACAGCCGGCCUUUCUAAACUAGUUCGGCAAACCAAAUUAAUAUCGUACAUCGAAUCGGCACUAUUCAACGGUUGGCUACCGAAUUGGUUGCGAAGUCUACUGCACUAUACUGCUUUAGUAUCCCCCCAAGCGUAUAGGGUAGUUCUCAGUGUGAAACCUCUCAAUCCGGGUGAGAAGCGACUUCCCAGAGACAUAAUGAUGGCGGCAUAUGAAGUAGCUAAACAACGAAAACAUAUCGGUCAUACUAUAUCAAAUCGAAAUUCAAACCUAGUUUUUUUCAAUUCAAAAAAUAAACUAGACACUACCAAUACUAGUGCAAUAACAAUGGAUCGCUCCGGCGAUUCAGACUGUGGAUUUGAAUCGGCUAGUAUCUGCACAUUGACUACAAAAAUAGAUGAGAAUGCUGAAAAGAUAGAUCUAUUGAAAAAUGAAAUUUGCGAUUUAAAAGAGACACUGCAACAGAACCAACACGUGCUAGAACAAUUACUUGAUAUACUGACAGCGAAACAACAACAAAAGCUUCGAGUCGCAGUGGAUAACAUCUGAUAAAAUGUGCUAUGAUUAAAAAUCAUCAAUAAAGCAUUCCGAUUGCUAUGAAGCUAUGUAUGACUUUGAAGUUGGAACUGUAAUGAUUUGAAUACACAUUGAUAAUAACAUGGUUUAAUUACUAUAAGAUUAGAACACAAUCUAGGCGGCCUACUUAUUUUAAGGCUUUAAUGGAAAAUCCACUGCUUACAUGAAUUAUCAACAUUAUUUUCGUUUUUCUCAUCACGAGACCCGCCUACAAAAGUUUUUUCAAGUUAAAUAAAAAUUCGGGCACUAGAGGGUUAAUUACUAUAAGAUUAGAACACAAUAACUUACCAAAAACGAUCAACAAAUGUUAUGUUCUUGGCUCUACUUCUUGUCUGAACCUUGGCUUCUAUUUUAUCGUAAUGUUACUACAUUUUUUAAAAUUAUUAGUGAUAAAAUUUCUGAGUAUUUCACAUGUCGUCGCUGUUGUGCUAUCUCAUGAUAAAUACUAUUUUUGGGUGAACUGAGCUAGAUAUUCCACAUUCCUUGUCUUAAUUUGCUCUACAUUUUUAUUAGGAAGAGUCUUUUUUGAAGUGAAAUUUAGGAAGAACAUGCAAUUCCGCAUCCAACGACCUAUUUAUGAUCAAAAUCUGUUGAAAAAUGGUUAUUAAUCUUUUUACAAAUUAGAAACUUUCUCGCAUGAACUUUUAAGGUGUGUGUGUUAACCAUCCUAUCUCCCACUAGCUGGUAGUGAUUUACAGAAAAAAAGAUGUUUGUAUGUAUUUAACUAUAUUAAUGCAAAUAACUUGGUUCAAGGAUUUAGGUAGGUGUUGGUUCAAUUGACUUUCCAAUGACCCAUUUCGUGUACAGCGCCAGACAUGUUCCGAGGUCAUCGUUCCAUCAACCAGCCCCGCCUUAAUGUAAUGUUUGUAUCAAUUGGAUUUUAACAUAACAGUGAUAUAUUUAACGACAUUCAAUUAGCUAGAGAUUACUGGUUAUGGAAAGUUAUGAAAAUUAGAGCCAUAGUACUGUCGGUUCUCACGGUAAAGAUGGACAAGUUUGUCUAUGCCAGGAGAGAUGCUGUGAACUCGAGUGAUUCGUAGUUAUGCUGCUUAAGCUCGACCCUCAUUAACAGAAGACAAAAGUUAAGCCUGUACGAUAUUAAGUCUGUUCUAAUGACCCUGCUACUUCUAGUUUUCCGAUUUGUAUACCUCAUAUCCUUGCUCUUACUUGAGUACUAUGGCUCUAAUUUUCAUAACUUUCCCUACCCAGUAAUCUCUAGCUAAUUAAAUGUCGUUAAAAUGUAAAAAAGAAAAUGUGAUUAACACAGUCGAAAUAAAAAUGGA